AUGUUUAGACUAAUUGUCGUGUUCUGUGCAGUUCUUGUGGUCGCUCGGGCUCAGACCACAAAUGUUAAUCAAUGUAUCAACAGUCAAGGACCGCUCCCCAUUAACGCGUAUGUCCAGGGCUGCGCCGAGCCCCCCUGUCAACUGCCGCAGCUGCAAAACGUCGUCAUCGAUGUCAUCUUCAGAGCUCCCCGCACAAUCACCAAUAUGACCACCCUGGCGACCGCAACCCUCAACUUCAUCAUCGAGGUGAACAUCCCCUACGACCUUGGGGAGAAUUCUAAGACCUGCAACUUCUUCACCAACACCUUCUGCCCGAUCCUGAAUGGGGAGGUCGUGCAGUACCGGCUUCAGAUGUUCAUUGAGAGCUUCUUCCCCGUGGGUACGCUUGCGACUGUCGAGUUCAGAAUAGUGGACAAUGACCGGAACAGAGAGGUUAUCUGGUGCAUCAGACUUCCCAUCCAGAUCACGCCUCCGCUGCCUGCCAUCACCAACGGAAAUGAGGAACAGAAUCCAACACCUGUACUCGUUGCAAAUUAAGAUGUGUCAAAAAUAAA